AUGGUUAACUGCACGUUAUGUGAAUUGUGCCUUAACAAAUAUAUAUAUACCCCCAAAAAGUCCACCUAUGUAACACUCUUUGACCCCGUCCCGGGAAGAGGCAGGAAACCCUCCUGCGUGAGCGAGGCAGCUCGUUGUGGGUGGGCGCGGGGAUGCGGCCCGCUCGCGGGGGGCGCGGCCAGGGGGCGGUCAGCCCCUCACCCCAUCCGCACGCCCCGGAGGAGUCGGGGCUUCGGCUGUGUCUGUUUUAAUAGCCCGGGAGCCCGCGGAGAAAGCCGGCGGCGCGGACGGGCGGGCCGGGGUGUGUGGGCGCCCGACGCGGGACCUCGGCCUCGGGAAGAGGGAGCAGGAAAAGCCAAAGGCAGCCCCGGACCGAGCGCUCGAUCCUGCAGACGCCCCCGGGCGGGGUUCACAGGACGGGGGUGCAGGAGCCAGCAGGGCUGCCGCAGCACCUCGGCGCGCCUUGCAGUCCCCAGCGCUCGGGGUUCGACUUUCCCGAGUCCGGGAGCCAUUCGAUCAGCUCGGGACCAUGGGGCCGGGCGGCGUCGGCGCGGGCGCGGCUUAGGAGGCUGCCAGCAGCGGCGAGUGGCAGCGAGGCCUUCGAUAGCUCAGUUGGUAGAGCGGAGGACUGUAGUGGGGCAGCCGUGGCAAUCCUUAGGUCGCUGGUUCGAUUCCGGCUCGAAGGACUUCGUACGAUUUUUUUUUUUUUUUCUCCCGCUCCUCUGCGACCACCCGCCCGAUGGGGUGGGUUUUCCCGGGCCCCGAUAUGGGUGCAGCUGGCUUGUGGGUGGGGUGGGGGGACAAAGCUGCGGGGCAGAAACCGGCUCUGGCUUCGGGACCGGGUGUGUCACUAUCACUCCGGGCAGGGACGGUCGGCCUGCGCAGAAUUCCGCCGGGCCGCGCCCCGCGCCUGCGCCGCUCCCCGCACCCAGCGUCGCCGGCCGGGCGCUGCAGCCUGUAAGGCGGAGGGAAGGGAGGCAGCCCAGUCGGGGGAUUAGCUCAAAUGGUAGAGCGCUCGCUUAGCAUGCGAGAGGUAGCGGGAUCGAUGCCCGCAUCCUCCACUCGGCUUUUUGCCUCCGCGGCGGGCUACCCCCGCGGGUGCAGGGGAGCCGACGAGCGCACGGGGGCUCCGCGGGGAUCCCUCUUCUCACUGGCUCCGCGCUUAUUCUGCAGGCGAGGCUUUUCCAGGUCCCCCUUCGGCCACUUUUGUCACUUCCCUUCCCGGGAGGGCGGGGCAGGCCGUUAACC